AGGCUGCCAGCGAGGGGACAUUGUCAGAGGUUGGGAAGCCCACUCCGCUGCCCGGCAGAGGUGGCAGCACUGCUCCGUCGCAGCCGCCCAUGCUCCUGUGGUCUGGCUCCUGCUGAGGACGCAGAAGGAAGCCCUACCCCAGACAGUCUCAACCGGCCCCACCCUGAGAGAGAAACAAGCAGAAGGCUGGCUUGCCUCCUAAAAAUACACACCAGGGUUCCUGGAGGGUAGGGCUGUAGCUUUUUCUUUUAUGAUCUUGCCAGCAGAGGGCAGGGGAUUAAAGACUGCUGCAUUUUAAUAAUCAAAAGAAUAAUAAACAACCACCUCAAUGGGCCUAGGCUGAGGGGUGGAGAGGCAGCUGUACAGUGCCAUGAGCCCUGAGUGGCCAACCCCACGCCCUGAUAAAGUCUGCAGUGGGAAUGAAAUCACUUCCUCCCCUGAGGCAGCUGGAACUGUGGGUAGUGGGGCACAGAAGCGAGCCAGACUGGGGCUGCAGAGCAGGCAAAGGUGGGGAGCCCUGUCCUGUGGCAUGCCGAACUGGUGCACUCUCAUGGAGUAAGUCAGGAGGAAAUGGUGGUGGUCAGUGACCCAGAGAAUAAGAAGGGAGUGGCUGGGGUCAAGGUGCCAGGCCCUGGCCAACUGGUUUGGAGGAAGAGGUGUACAGAGCCAGGAAGUGUUAUUCAGCCCCAAUCCCCCUGCUCCUCCCAACCGCCCCGCCCUGCUCCUCUCUCGUGGGCCAUAGAGCUCCGAGGAGACCCACCCCCACCAAGCCAGGCCAGAGCGCUGACCAUCCAAGGCAGUCCGUGUGGCUCAGCCCCCUCCACAGAGGAGGGGCCUCAAGUGAGGCCAGGGCAGCCCACAGGGAAGGACGAGCUCGGGGUAGGAGGCAGCAGGACCCUGUCCCUCAGCUGCUCUCCCCUGCCCUGAGGCCAUCGGGUAAAUGCAGAAGAAUGAGGACGGAAUGAGGUCCUGAACCCAGGGCUGGGUACAGCAGCCAGAUGGAGUGCCAGGCCAAGGGGAGGGCAAUCCUCCUCCCCGCAAGGGAAUACUGCUCUGCUGAGAAAACCCAGAGUCACCCUGGCAAACCCUGAGCCCAGGCCUGGAAAGAGCUGGCCCUUUACUGGCAUGGGGCUGCUCCCUGUUAACACACCCUCUGCCUCCUUCCCCCCAUACCUGUGGGCUCUGCUAAUGAAGGCCUGUCACCAGGCCCCAGGGCUGAGUCACCCACACCAGCAACAGGUCUCUUCCUUCCCUAACAAUCGUUCCACACGCCUGCCUUUCAAUUAACUGCCACCCUCCCUGAACUCCUCCCUCCCAGACACACUGGGGGCUGGGCCACCUGCUAGGGCCCCCGGUGGUGGGGCAAAAGGAGACAGUGUGGUGACAUAGAAAGCAGGGCUGGCCCCUGACCAGCCCCCAGAGGAAUCUUAAGCUCCCUGGUGGCCCUGGGGUGUUGGCCACGGCUGCUCCAACCCCUGCAUGCGGAUGCUGCAAUCACCUCAGAGCAUGAAACCCCGGCUUCCCACCUGACUGAGUCAGCUGAGAACAACACACCUCCACGCCACACACCAGCACAACCAGCCGGGCACUGAUCGCAGGCAGGGCGCCUCGGCGGAGAGGAGAGCCAGGAGCCAGGGAGUGAGGGAAGGAGCACAAGCCGCUCCUGCCGGCCUGAGAAGACCCGUCUCUGACACCCCUGGAGCCACUCUCACUCUGGCUCCAGUAAGGGCUGCUGCUUCGCCUUGGGUUUUUCCACUGCCCUAUCAGGUAACCGGGCCGCUCCUGUCCCUCCAGGAAACUCUGGACACCAGGAACUCACAGCACUCUGUUCUACUCUUCCUGGGACCUGGUCUCACCGCCCAGGAUGCUGGCCUGAGGUCUGUGCUGGGUGGAAAGCGGGCAACCUCUGUGGAAAGCCCCGGGGGUCUGUCUCCCGCUCCUUGCCCUUCACUGCUCUGCAGGGACCGGAUGCUCCCUGCCACUCUUGAAGUGGACUUCUAAGGUCUGCUGGCAACCUAGGUCCAUGGAGACCUGGCGAAAAGGCUCCUUCCGCAAUGCCUCCUUCUUCAAGCGGCUGAGCCUGGGCCGGCCUCGGCGACUCCGGCGGCAGGGCAGCGUGCUGAGCCAGGCCAGCAUGGCCGGCGGGGACCACGAGGAGUACAGCAACAGAGAGGUCGUCCGGGAGCUUCGAGGGAGGCCGGAUGGCCGGCGCCUGCCUUUGUGGGGGGACGAGCAGCCUCGGGCCACACUUCUGGCCCCUCCCAAGCCCCCGCGCCUCUACCGGGAGAGCUCCAGCUGCCCCAACAUCCUGGAGCCUUCACCUGCCUACACCGCGGCCUACUCAGUGACCCUGCCCUCUGCACGCUCCCUGGCGGGCCCCCUCCACGAAUACUCCCAGGAGGACCUUGUGGAUACGCCCCCUUUCCAGAGGACACCUGCUCCGGACCUUAAUGACCCCUUCUUCUCCUUCAAAGUGGACCUGGGGAUUUCACUUCUUGAGGAAGUUCUACAGAUGCUGCGGGAGCAAUUUCCCAGUGAGCCCAGCUUCUGAACGGGGUGAGGGUGGGCAGAAGUGUGGCAACUGAAGAGCUGAAAGCGUGGGGACCCAGGAAAGGAAGGUACAUUCGUGGAUUGAGAAAAAGGUGGGGACGGGAAUCCAGGGCCCUGCCCACCUGGAGUCCUCAACAGUCCUCCAGGUCACCCUGGACUGGAGGGCAGGAGGCAGAGAGCUAAGCUGGACAUGCUGUGAGCCCUGAAGGGCGCUCACUGGGCUGGCAAAGGGAGGCCAUGCCUGCAAGUCCAGGGACCAGGCAGAGGCCAGCAGAGGGGGCGGGAGGCACAAGGGGUGAGUCAGAGAAUGGAGGACACACAGACUGGACGGAGCAGAUGGGUGAUGCCCUGCCCCAGCCUCCUCUGAAGCUACUGUCAACAGAGAGAGGUCACAGGACAGGUCUAGGCUAAGUGGUCCAAAUCAGGCCUAAGAGCGAAGCGGGGAGAUCUGAGGAGAGAGGGAUGGGACAGUCUUGACUUUGGCCAAUGUGGUAGCCACUAGCUACAUGCAGCUGUUUACAUUUAAAUAAUUGAAACUAAGUAAAAUUUAAAAAAUUAGUUCCUCAGCUGCACUAGCUGCAUUUCAAAUGCUCAAUAGCCACCCCUGACCAAGGGCUACCACACUGGGCCACAGAGGGUGAACACCGACGUCGCUGGAAGGAGCUGCACCAGACAGCGCCAGCCUGGGGCACGGCCGUGGCCAGCAGGAAGGGCAGGUGAGGGAGGUGGGAGCACGGAGGCCUACAGCGGAAAGGAGGGGCUGGCAGCAGGGAGAGCGAGGCACGUGCAGAUAGACUAUCACUUAGGAAAAAGGCCACACAAACCAUUCGCAGGGAAGGCGCAGGAGAGACUCCGGCUGCCGACAUAGCGGCCUGGAGUGGCCCGGGGCCUGAGGAAGGUGGCCCCAGGGACUGCCGGUGGAAGGCACCGACACAGCUGUAAUGGGCUGCUUUGGGGAGUUCCCAGAGUUAUUGCUGAAGGGAGCCCUUGGGAAAUGCAGCAAGAACAGUGGCAGCUUUCCCUCCGUCCUGCUUCCUGACAAGAAUGCAGGAGGACUAGACACGAAACUCAUGGCUGUUACCAUGAAGAGGCAGAGCUGGUCUCCAGAACCUUCCACCAGGACCGGAGAGCUCUGCCCCGCCUAAACCCUCUGCAGAUGGGGGCCUGCCACCCAGGGCUGACCCCCUGGGUCAAGGCCACAUGCUGUGCUACUGCCCCACACGGUGGCUUGGCCAGAAGACUUGAAACCAGAGCUCAGGUUGGUGGGACCAGGCGGUUCUGAGAUUCCAGGCAUGGCAGCGGGGAGCAGGAACCCUUGAUGCAGGCUGCCUCCACAACCCCCGCCUGUGGCCUCCACCUCCCCGUCUCCUAUGUGGGUGUGCCCAGAGGAAAGGCUCCACUCUGGAUGCAGGAGCUAAUAAAGAAAGUUCUCUGUGA